AUGAAAGCAAUCAGAUGUAAAUCAAGCAGCCAAGUUAGCAGUCGAGUCAUGAUUCGGCUUGGACUUCUGGUGGCAUUUCUCCUUGUGGUGGCAUCCCUUAAAAGCCCAGGUGAUCCCAAGGCUAAAACUAAAUCCACGAAACAAGAUAAUGAAGCCUUUCAAAUUUUUCACGGCAAUAUCGAAAAGUACGAGCUUUGUAUAAAACUUUUAAGGGUUUGCCGCAAACUGAGGGACAAGGCGCCCGAUUACUCCGAUCUUGAAGGAGAAGAGCCGGUUGGCGAUUACGAGGUGAAUGCUGAGGACAAAGCUGAGUACCGAAAGUCGGAUUGCUUGCCCUAUGGCCUCUCGGCAGCCGGCGAAAAGCAUUUCUGGCAGAUUGCAGCCAAAUGGCAAAAGGAAAUCGACGACAGGUUCUUAAUUCAAAACCUAUUCGUGGUGAUACAGACGACCGACAAUGGGCGGAACACGAAAUUGGCUUUUGGCAAAUGGCAAGGCUGGUGCAACAGAACCGAUCUUCCCGACGAAACGACAGAAUCAAGUGAAGAGGACGAUCGCAGUGUAUCGGGCUCCCAGUUCACCAGUACACCCAUUUUACUAACAAGUACCUUACCUCCUACAAAAAGCUGUGAUAGGAACAGCGAACAAGGCAAAUGGAUAUUUAACGAGAUCAACGAAAACCGAAAGUUGGAUAAAGUUAUCAAGAGAUUUCCCCACUUUCUGAUAACCCUCGGAAAGUACGCCAGGAUAAAGUGUUGUCCCUAUGAGUCAGUCAGAGACCGUUUGGAAAUCAUUCACGAUGGCAUUGAUUUCUUACAAGAACUAGAGGGCACGGAAUCCUACCCGAACCCAGAAUACACUGAUAUAAAUUCCGAUCUUGCUUAUCUCAGAAACAGAUUAGUGCAGUUCAAUGACGAAACAGAAAAAUAUGGUAGUGCCAAUUACUCGUCGGGUAAAUGUUGUCCCAAUAUUUUAAUUGAGUUGAAUAAUUUCGAGAAUUAUUUUGUAAGUAAACUGCAAUCUUUAGGCUCACAGAAAAAAAACAUUGACUACACGCCAUUUAUAAAAACGGGGAUGAGCUUGCAAGAUAUGUAUUUGAGUCUACUAAGUGUUAUCCGAUCACUAGAAACUUUUCCGGAGAGUCCCAGUAUUACAAAUAUUUGUUGUGCCGAGGAAAAAUCAAAUAUUAACGAUGUAGAUCAACUCUUGAAAGAUCUAAUGCUCAACAUCUCCCUGGAUGAAUUAUACAAAUUAAUAGACCCACUAAAAGAAAGUCUAGCCUAUGCCAAUGAAUCACUUUCGGAUGCGGAAAAUCAGCUUCUCUUUGAAGAAGAAAAUCUCCAGAAACUGGCUUUACUAUGCGGAAAAGAGUGUCGACAAGAAGAAAAAAAGGGAGCACUGUUUCAAGGUCUCGUUUCGAGGUUGGACAACUUAAAAAACAAAGUCAGUAACAUGAGUAGUUUGGGGUCCGUGAAUUGGACUGCUCUCACCCAAUCUGUAGACAUUGUAAACAACAUGAUCGAAAAUAAUUCACCGUUAUUCACUAAUAUCACAAUUAUCAAAAAGCAAUUAAUAAAAAUUCAAUUUAGAAACAUGCCAAAAAAGUACCAUGCUUGUUGCUUAGAAGAUUUUGUUGAAAUAAGUAAUCUUUUUGAAAAAAUCGACAAGGCCAAAACCGAUACUACCAUUUAUCACGAAGUACAAGAAAAUAUUGUCAAACAGCAAUUUCAAGAAAUUGAGGAUAAGGUAAAGGAUUUGGAAGGAUCAGACCCUAAGCCACCAAAUGAUAUACAACUUAUGCUCAAUAAAUUAGAAACUGAUUUAGAAAACCUAACAGAGAAUGGCAUUAACAAAUUGGACAGGGAAAUGCAGCUCAACCAACUAAAAUUUGAAAUGGAAAAGGAAAAGUUCGAUAGGGAAGUUGAGGAACAGCUAAAAUAUAUUAACCUGUUCAGAGAAGAGAUGAAAAACGAACAAGAUCUAAUUGACAUUCGCAUUGCCAAAUAAAAUCGAUUGCAAACGCCAAAAGAUUAUGACGAAAAACUGAGUAAGCUUGAGGCAACAGCGCUUGGGCUUUCCAAGCAGAUUGUCAGUUACGAAAAGGAACUUUUGGACCGCAUCGAUAUAAUGCAACAGCAACUGAAGGACCUGGACAAGGAGAUCGAAAACACGGAGCACAGGGCAAACAUUUGCGACGGUGAGUGUGACUUCGGUGCUCUGGAUUCAGUGGACAAACUGAUUGGCAGGGUACAGGCUGUCAAGGAUAAGCUAAGUUUAAAGUCAACGCUUGUCAAGAUUAAACGCAAAUCACAGAUUAUGGUUGUCAAGUCCAGGAGAAAAGGUUAA